GGCGGCGGGCGGCCGCUGCGCCUGCGCAGGGUCCGCGCCUGCGCACUGCCGCGCCGCCGACCCGGAAUGGGCAGGAUCUAGCUGUCCUCGCCUGCUACAACGAUGGACAGCGAAGUGCUAAGGGAUGGCAGAAUCCUGGAUUUGAUCGACGAUGCAUGGAGGGAAGAUAAAUUACCGUACGAGGAUGUAGCUAUCCCUCUGCCAUUUCUUGAGCUACUUACAGUCACAUACAGCAGGCAGCCUCAAAGCAGGAAGCUUCAUCAAAUAGCAGUGGAAAGGACUGGCUGUGGAUAUAAAGAUCCCCAGAAUGAGCUUCCCGAACCAGAGCAAGACAAUGGUGGAACAACUGAGUCUGUGAAAGAGCAAGAAAUGAAGUGGACAGAUUUGGCUCUCCAGUAUCUCCAUGAAAACGUUCCCCCCACAGGAAACUAGUGAAUCAGCAAGAUUUCAUGCUGUGGAUGCAUGAAUGCAAUAUAAAGAAUAUUUUUCAGCUGACCAUUGCUGUCAAAGGCUUCUCUAAGGAGGAAACAGCACUUCUGAAAAAGGCUCAUACAGUGGCCACACAGUUUAAAAUGCUUCUGUAGUAAGUGUGAAAUAACAGUGGCUGCCUGACACCUCAGAGCUAAUAUAAAAAAUGUUUCUCUUAUGUAAAAUUAUUUCCUAUCUUCUGUUAAAUUGUUCUUAAGUUGGUGCCAGUUUCAAUUUUAAAUGUUUUCUACGUGUAAUAAAAUAAGCUGUUUUUACUGUC